UGUUUGAGAAUGGCUGCUGUUUCUUGCCGAUUUUCGAAAAAACAAGCCAGAGAUGACCGGAAAUUAAACAUAAAACAUAAAUAAAUACAAACACAAUACUAAUAAAUGAACCUCUACCAAAAUAACAAGUUUUUAAAUCAGAAUAACUGUUCGUCGUCGAGAUACAGCGUAUUUAGGAAAAUAACAUAAAUAUAUUGGUGUUUAAUAUUAGAAAAAAUAAAAAUAGCGCUAUUUUAUUAAACGUAAGUUUCCCUAAUUGAUCCGAUACGAUGUAAAGCAGCUACGAGUAAGUUUCCUGAUUGACUAAGCCGACAAGAAUUGACGAAAAUGGACAACUCCCAAGGUACACAUUGCAAAAAAGAGCGGAACUUCCCAAGCCUAGACCUCAAGGAUCUCUCGACAUUAAAUGCGGUGCCCCAACCAGUCCUGGUGGUGCAGUCCCCCAAAACCCCAACCCUCUCGAAGAAACUGAAGGCGGUCAGCCUGGAUUCGGACCCACCCACCCAGUCGUCGACUUUAGAUGUGUCUAGAGACGUUUUCUCGAUGCCAAAUACACCAAAACGACAAAUAAAGAAAUUGUCAUGUGAUUUUGAAGAUGGACCACACAAAUCGACCUUAGCACCUAACUUUAGCUCAAACCUCAAGAAGUUCGCCUCAAACAAUAGUAUUUCCGGGUCGCAGACAUUAAAGACCCUACCCGAGAUCAUGACGUUACAAGACUUCUCCGACGGUCCUGUUACCGAACCAAUUAAGAUAAAGGCGAAAGGGCUGUUAGAACGUAGAGGGUCCAAUGCUAGUCUAACGAUAGACCUGGGCUCAAAUUCUAGUAUCGCGGAGGUGAAGACCACGCCGUUCACGCGACUCAACACGGCGAAAAGUGUUUCUAACCUCAACCUGUCGACUUUCGGAAGCAUAGACAAGGCCUGCGCCUGUUACAAGAAGUGCGAGGCGCAGAAUAAGGCCGCUGAGAGGAGGAAAUCGCAGGAGACCUGCGGCAAUUGCAUCAUAUACGAGUCCGUGCCGAGUAAAAUCAACAACUGCAAGAUCAAAUGCCAGAGCGUGAAGAAGUGUAACUGCUGCGCCAAGUCCCGCAGGAAAUCCUUGUCGAACGAGAAUUUGUAUGUGCCGCCCUGCGGGUUCUGUCAAACGGGAGCUUUCAAGGAUUGUUCAGGGGCCACCAAGCAUUGCAAGGGGUACAGAAAAGCGUAUUAUCCGAGGCAACCCGAUUUGGAGUCUUCGCAGCUGCUGUCCGAGGAUUUCAAACUGCAUCUGCAGAAUAUACAGUACCUUCAGACCGCUGGGAACGUUUUGUCGGUGGAGGAUUUGAAACAGACUUGCGAGGUGUCUCGGGUGCCCAAACUACACCAGGAAUUUUGGGAGGUGCCCCUAAAUUUACAAGAGAAAUGUUAUGUCUCUGGUAGUCAGAGUAGGAAUCGCUAUCGGGGCGUUUUACCAAACGAACACAGCAGGGUCCAUUUGUCUGGACCGCAAACCUAUAUCCACGCGAACUACAUCAAAGGGCCCGACUACACAGAAACUGCUUACAUCGCCACACAAGGCCCCAUGGCCCAUACUUGCCAAGAUUUCUGGGAAAUGGUGUGGAUCACCCACUGCAAAUGCAUAGUCAUGCUGACGGGUCUGGUCGAGAAGGGCCGGAACAAAUGCGAAUUGUACUUCCCGUUAGGAAAAAAGAACAAUUCCAGAGAAAAAUCUUUCUUCUAUGUCAAGACCACGAAGAUACGCGACAAAUUCACUUUCGACAGGAACAGCCAGCAGUACGACAUCGAAACGCACGAAUUCGAGGAGUUGAACAACGUCAGUUUCGGGAACUACAACAUAAAGUUCGUCAAGGAGGAGAAUUUGGACGAGUGCCACAUCCGGCAGUUGGAACUGACGAAAGGCGACGGCGGGGGCGAGGCGAGGUCCAUCUACCAUUACUGGUUCUGCAACUGGCCGGACCACAAAAUGGCCAACCCGGAACAAGUCUUAAAAAUCGCCCUGGACGUCCUGAACAUAACGGAGUCCAACAAGAAACCCGACAAUAACGCUAGCGACAUAUCCAGGAGCAACGGGGAAUCCUAUUUGAAAAGUACAAAGCCGAAACCCGAACUGAGGGUGAAACUAUACCACGACAAGUUCCGAUUCGACGACGACAAGCACCCGUUCAACAAGAGGGACUCGGCGCUCGCUCUGUUGAAGAACGCGCCGGCGCAAGAGCGUAAAAAGUCCACGGAGAGCAUAAAGCUGCCGGUUAUCGUCCAUUGCAGUGCCGGCAUAGGCAGGACGGGUUGUUUCCUGGCCAUCCUAAACGGCAUCCAGCAGCUUAAGAACAACUCGAACGUUGACGUCUUGGCGAUCCUGUGCUCGCUGAGACUAAACAGGGGAGGGAUGGUACAAACCGCCGAGCAGUACGAAUUGAUCCAUAGGGUUCUGAGCUUGUACACCACGACGUUGUAGGGGGAGCAUUGAGAGCCCUUUUUUUUAGUACAAUUUCAUAGUUUUAUAUAGGUAUAUUUUGAAGCGGUCGCAGUGCGACCACGCUGGAAAUCUGACAGGUAUGUAACCGUAUUUUAAAAACGAAUAAGUACAAGUCCGGCGUUUUUGAGAGACGCGGGCGCUCGAUCGUGACGGUCGUUUAGAUUUUAUUACGAAACGCAAAAUGACAUUUUUAAUUUUCAGUAGGUUUAAGUAUGGAUAGAUUACCUCAUUGCAAUUUUUUUAGUUUUAUACGCGUCGGUUGGAUGAAGAAUUUAUAUCGAAUCUGGAGAUUUACUGCAUUCGUUGAAGUAUAUCAAGGUUUCUUUUUAAUUUCGCAUAAUUCAAUAUGUUUAGGCGGGUUAAUAAUAAAUGUCGCGCAAUUUGAGUGAAUGUUAAAGUGAUAUAAAUUAGAUACACUUCGCAUCAAAGUUCAUCAGUUUCGUAGUUGAUUUCCUUGGGAACGGCUAAUCUGAUUUUUACGUAUCACACUUUUAUUCCGAGUAGUGACGAUAAUUUAAAAAGUAUUUCAGUAUCCACUAAUAAGAUUUCUGUAACGAUUGCGGCAUUUUCUGUUACUAUUUUUUUUAUUUAAAUGGGUAUUUUUGUGACAUUAAUUUUUUUUAAAUAAACUGCUUGUGCCAAAGGAAUCAGAGAAGGGGUUGAUUUUAUGAAUUUACUUUUGUCUAAUAUUUCACACUGAGAAAAUAGAUAAUUUUUCUUGGCCCCGUAAACACGACGACACAUGAUACAGUCAAUGUUUCGGAAAACACUGUUGCCGUUCUCAAAACUCCAAUUGACUUAAAAAAUUAUUUGCUUGAGUCAAUUUGAAUUUUGAGGACGAAACUAGUUUUUCGAAACAUUGACUGUGAUUGUGCUGUCAAAAAAAGUUAUCUCCUUUCCCUCUGUGAGAUAUUAAGGCAAAACUCAAUUUAUAAUAACCCGUUGAUCCUUUUGGCACAAGGGGUGGUUUAUUUAAUAAUUUUUCUUUUCAAAACAGUGGUAAACUAAUGUGCUUUAGUUCAGCUGUGUAUCUCGUUUCAUAACAGAGAUAAUGACGUGAAUCAAAAAAUUAAUUGUUCAGAACAGGAGUGACUACAAUUUGACUACAAGCAAACGUUCCCUAUUUUAGCUGGCACACCUUACAGGGCGUUUGAAAUUUCUGGGAAAAGAUAUUAUCUCUUAUAGUCUGUCUUGAAAGUUGAAAUUUCAAAACAAAUUCCUGUCCUAUCGUCGUUACUAAAGAAUAAACUUAUAAUUAAAAAGAAUAUAGCCGUUCGUUAGAAAAAUAACUUUGAAGUUGAGACCGUUCUUUAGUCAAGUUAAUUUUGAUAUAAAGUGUAUUUUAAGUUGCAAAAUUAGAUUGAUUUUUAUCAGGAAAUGUACUACUAAUUUAAAUAUUCCUGUUUUUGUUUUAAAUUCCGUCUCUUCGAAUGGCCAUUGUAUAAUUUUGCUAGUCCACAUAGUACACUUUUGAAAUGUCGUAAUGUCCCAACAAAACUAGGUUUAACGUAGCGUAUGGGUUUAACAAUGACCUUUUUGUAUAUUUUUAAUGUUGCCAUAAACCCAAGACGCGAACUCGCAAAGUUUUGAUGCCAAAACUAGCGGAAAGAUGUGUAAAUACAUUUUCGGGUUGCUUGGGUAAGAGUUAGCCGAGAGGGGGUAGAUUCGGGGGUGAUAGAAAAUCGAGUCAACUUGGGAUGAAACCCUGUCGUUUCUUGCUGCGUGUUAACGAGCUCUCGAGAAAAUCAAGCCUAUUUGAGUUCGAUAAGUCGGAGAAACUGAUAAAGGGAAUAUAGUGCGAGUGGUUAUCGGUAAAAUUUUAUAAUUUUUUGAUUUUGAAAACAGAUUUACGAAAUAAGGAUCUUAUCGGUUUCUCUAUACUUCGUCGAUACUUGCGGGUGCCUCGGGAGUUUUAAAUGUUGCCAUAUAAAAAAUGUGUUUCACUUUAGUUCAAAGAUGUACUUAUGAGAAUAAGUUUUGAAUGUAUCAGAAACUGUUGAGAAGUUGUCGAUAAUCAUGAUAAAAUGUAUAUUGUAUGUGAUAAUUUUUAGAUG